AUGCCACAACAUAAGUUAGCUACAGAAGUCUACUUCGACUUGAAUGACGGUCAUAAAAUUCCAGCAUUAGGUUUAGGAACUGUCCCCCCUGAAGACAACGCUGAAGUCAAGGACCAAGUUAUUACUGCUGUCAGGGCAGGAUAUCGUCAUAUUGAUACAGCGUGGUACUAUGGUACUGAGCCAUAUAUUGGGGAAGCAUUGAAAGUAUUAUUUGCAGAAGGGUACAAACGUGAAGAUUUAUUCAUCACUUCCAAGGUUUGGCCAUCAUUCCAUCAUAGUCCUGAAAAAUCCUUAGAUAAAUCAUUGUCUGCUUUAGGAAUUGAAUAUGUGGAUUUAUUUUUACAACAUUGGCCCGUAUGCCUUUCAGGAGAUGAAAAUGGCUUACCAGCAGCUCCUAAGAACGACGACGGAAGCUUGAAAUACGAUGACGAUCCAGUUGAUGGGGUGGGAUUCAUUGAAACAUAUAAGAAGCUUGAAGAUAUCAAGGCAACUAAUAAAGCUAGAUCAAUAGGGGUUUCAAAUUACUCGAUCCCAAGGCUAAGAAAAUUAUUGCAAAAGGCGAAGAUUGUUCCCGUUCUUAAUCAAAUUGAAUAUCAUCCUCAAUUACCACAACAAGACUUAGUUGACUUUUGCCAGAAACAUAAGAUCUUGGUCGAGGCAUAUAGUCCUGUUGGUGGUCCUGGAGCACCGGUACUUAAGCUUCCAUACAUAAAUGAAUUGGCAGAAAAAUAUGAGGUAAGUGUGAAUGAAAUCACUAACGCUUAUCACAUUCUCCAAGGAAGAAUUACCUUACCUAGAUCUUCUAAUCUCGAAAGAAUCAAGACAAAUGUCAGAUUGCCUCAAUUAACCAAAGAUGAAUUAGAUAAAUUGUAUCAAAUUGGUGUUGAAAAUCCUACUAGAUAUCUGGUUGAUUCGUGGGGUUAUGGAAUUGGUUUUAGAUGGUGGAAAGGUGAUACCUGGAGUAAGGAAUUCGAUUAA